AUGGAACUUCCAUUUACCAACCUGGAAAUGGCAUUCAUUUUACUAGCUUUUGUUAUCUUUUCCUUCUUUACCCUGGCUUCCAUCUACACUGACCCUGAUGAGAAGAAUGAAGAGGAAGAACACCAAAUAAAGGAAAAGAAAAGAAAAAAGUCUGGAAAGAAGAAAAGAGAUGCCACCCCUGAUCCUACAACCACAGAUAUUUCCCACUGA